ACACACCACUCCCCUACGUACGUGUUUUGAUUGCACUCUAUAUAGGCGGCGGUGUGAUGUUUUCUCGUUUUCUCUCGGACUAAAUUCCCUAAUAAGCGCACAAAACCCGUUCAAAACUUGGUUAAAGUAGUGUCGAUUGGUUGUUGGAUACUUCCGGCGCGUCGGUGCGAUAUAAGUUCCGUGCGAAAUGUGUUAUCUAGUACGUUAUGGUGAUUUUUCCUCAUCCGGGCCAAAGAUCAUCUCGGCAGCUUGAAGAGAUAGAAGGAAAAAAUUGUGCUGGCAUAGGCAGCAUCAUCAUCGUCAUUACCAUCAUCAUCAACAGUAGCCGCCGCCGUCGUCGCUGAAGAAGAGGCUGCUGCUGCUGCAAAAUAGAGCACCAGCACCGGUCAAACCAUACCGUCAUCGAAGUCGAAAGGAAGGAAGGAAGGAAAAGGGAAUAGACACACAAAAGCGUGCACUGAUUGAAUUGUCCUCGCUCCGUCUGCGAAGCACCACCAGAGCCAUAAGUCAGCAGUUUGAUAGGCGAAACGGAACAACAAUCAUACAUACAAUAGUGAAUGGAUAUAGCGAAGCUUCAUCAGGUGAACGAGAAGAGCAACUAUGAUAAUAAAGCAUACCAAUUCAUUGGAGGCUUAAACGUAAACAACCAAAUGCUUCUGCGCCGCCAGUGAAUUAGUUACAAUCGUAAGCCAGAGGGGGUAAACAAGUCGCAUUAAGUGUGAAAAGUGUGUAAACUAUACAAGAUAAAUCCUCGAACUAGUGUACAUGUCCACUCGAUUGUAGUUCAAUUGAUUGAACGAUCAUAUGAUUCCUGCGUUCUUGUCGUUCAAUAAAAUGUAUGGUGUGGUGAAAUUGAAACGAAAUCAUUGAACGGCCGUUCAUCAAAUUUAGCUACUCGAAAAAAUCAGCGAUAUAAGUGCAAAAGGCCAGUUUCCAAUGAAUAUACAAAUAAAUACUAGUGUCCGUGAUUGAAGUGCAGAAACACGAGUUUUGGCCGUCGUUGUCGUCUUGGAUAAAGAUUCCGCAAAAUGUACGGAAUGUACAUUAGUCACGUACUUCUGUGAACACAUCUAACAAAUAAGUAGAAAAUCAGCUGUUACUGGUGCUGCUGAUAGGCGCGUUCUCCCAGUGUACAUACCUACUAGAUAUUUACCAUUCGAAAUAGAGUAAAAUCUAAUUCGGCGCUCUAACUAAACAUGGCCAACCUAACUGAUGGCGAUCAGAGCUUUUGCAAUGCAUCGCAAUCCGGUGCUACCGGAACGGCCGGUACGACAGUGGUGGCCGCUACCAGUCCGGCGGGAGUAGCUGGGACACCAUCAUCUGGCGGAGGUGGAGGUGGUGUAUCUUCAACCCAGGGCAGUGGAAGCGUGUGGGCAGAAUUCUGCGAACGACAUGCACGUGCUGCUUCAGCGGACUUUGCCCGAUCCUGCGUGCACUACAUCACCACCAAUCUGCCGGAGUCCGCCCGACAGACCGUUUCACAUCGGGAUUUUAUGAGGCGCUUUGUCGAGUGCUUUCAGGAACACUUUGAGCAUGAUUUCCACCGAAGACGAAUGCAGUGCAAGACCGGAAAUGGAACUGUGGUGCUGGAGGAAAGUGAUUACUCAGAGGACACCGACUCACCUAAGACCAACCACAAGCCCUUCUUUCGACGACUUUCGUUCAAGGGCCUACGCAAGGGCAAGGUAAUUCAUGCACUUUUCCAUAAACAGCACUCGGACGAAGUGGAACUGUCCGGCAGUCGGGUGAGCAAAACCAAACUGGCAAAAAUAGUGGUCGAGUGCAGAAAGGAGGGUACCGUAAACUAUCUGACACCGGAAAGCCUGGACCAGCCCAGCAAUUCACAUAAAUGGGAAAAGUGUAAACUCGUACUGGUGAAGACGGUCGGUGGCUACAUGCUCGAGUUCUAUUCCCCGCCAAAGUCACAAAAGCCUCGCAGCGGUGUAUUCUGCUUUCUAAUAACGGAAGCACGGGAAACGACUGCCCUCGAGAUGCCGGACCACGAGAACACGUUCGUGUUGAAGGCAGACAACAACAUGGAGUACGUCAUCGAGGCCCGUGACACUGACGAUAUGCGCAGCUGGCUUGCGACGAUACGCUACUGUAUGCGUAGCAGUCCGACGUCCCAGUUGACACCCAUUUCGGAUUUGAACACCAGUCUUAACACGUCGAUUUCGCAUGGUGGAGGAGGCGGCGGCGGUGGCGGCCCUGGAGGAGGAACGACAACUGGUUCCGUUAGUGGUGGUGUAGGUCAAUCCAACAGCUUGGUGAACGAUGUGAAUAAUAUGAGUUUGAACCAAUCAUCCCUAAAUGCUGUCCCUACAAAGCCUGCCCCAGAACUGCCACCUCGUCGGGAGGAAGGCAGAAUAUCGUCUUCGUCGAAUUUCGAACUUACUGAAAACGAUCUGGAACCGGCGCACGAGGCUGACACCGAUCUGACGGCCAUGAUGCGCGAAUAUCCCUGGUUCCAUGGAACGCUAGCCCGAUCCGAAGCUGCUCAGCUAGUGUUACACAAUGGAAACUCUAGUCACGGUGUGUUCCUGGUUCGGCAGAGUGAAACGCGCAAGGGCGAGUUUGUGCUGACCUUCAACUUCCAGGGUAAGGCCAAGCAUCUGCGGAUGACAUUGAACGACCUCGGUCAGUGUCGGGUGCAGCAUUUGUGGUUCCCUUCGAUAACCGAGAUGUUGGAACACUUUCGACAGCAUCCGAUACCGCUGGAAUCUGGCGGUACGGCGGAUGUGACGCUCACCAACUAUGUAGUGCUUCCUUCGCAUGCAAUGGCAGCUACGCAGUCGAACAGCAACAACUAUUCGACGACGACCAUUGGAGGUGGUGCCGGUGCCCCCGGUGCAGCUGCAGGAGCAGGAUCCAGUGCCAAUCCGAAUACCAGCCCGAGACAUCCCUUGCAGGUGAUCACCAUGAACGGAAGCGUUCGGAUCAAAACGUGCGAUUUGGAACUGUCGCAGCAAACCAUACUGGAGGUGUCCGGAAAUCAGGGAGCAACCAGUGGCAGUAGUCAAAUGGGGGCAGCUACCGGCAACGCACCAGCAAGUGGAUCCUCAGCGGCUGCCGGUGAGGACGGCCAGAGGGCCGUGGACAACCAGUAUAGCUAUGUUUGAAAAUGUUCACCACGAAGAGCGGCUACGGCGACGAGCAAAACUGGAAUUGAACUCAUAGUAAUUAACCGAACACUACCACACAGAGGACCUCAGACUUCUUGACUAGGUUUAUUAUUUUUGUAAUGAACAAAAGUGACACGAUUGAAAAAUCCCAAAAAAAACGGAAUUUAUUGCCAAAAUUAUCCGCGUCUUAGCUAAGCGAUUUGAAUGAGAGAUUUUGGCAAACUAAAAUGAGCAUGUGUUCAUUGUGGGUAGCUUAGACAAAGACAGCUUCACUGUACUCUGUAUAUACUAGCGCUUCUCAAUUGCUACAAUCUAUAAACUCAUAUUUAUCUCACUUAAACUUACUUACAGAAGAUUGUUAUAUUUAAAAGAAUUAGCCAACGCUUAGCAAGCCUCGAACAGUUGAAAACUGCAUCUACUAUGAGUAAUAUAAUCCAACAGGGUGUGCAAAGGUAAAUUUGAACAUAUUUUUUUAUUGUAAUCGGCUAUCCUUAAGAGAGUAUUUUACGUUGAAUUGUUUCGCAACGCAAGCAUUGAUUUACAUGCACAGCCAAUUUACGUCGCGCAAAUUAUUGCAAGUGAUUUGUGUAUCGUUGUUAAAAAAAACUACCCCAGCAUGUUUGGCAAAACAAA